AUGUUGCCCACCGAAGCAACGUCAACCACCCCAUCCCCAAAGAAAAAGCCCGAGUUGGGUGAUUUCACUGCCGGUGAAAUGAAAAUGAUUAUGGCCAGCGUCCUGUGCAUUGCCGGAAGGCUUGACACUGACAAGCUGGGAAAACUGACCGGCAACAAGAGAAAGUCCGCAGCUAGUCGUUUCCCCUCAAUCAAACGCAAGCUCGAAAAGAUGUUUGAGGAAGAGCUGGACACCCUAGACGACCAGAAUGACCCCAACGCCAAGGAAAAGUCUCCAGCCAACAGCCGUGCAAAGAAACGCCGUGAGAAAGUCGUUGAAGAACAGCACAAGCCCGAAGUUGAUAUUAAGGUUGAGCCUAAAUUGGGGGAGAGCACCAGCACCGACAGCACCUCGAAGGUCAAGGCCGAGUCUGGACAGAGUAUCGACAGUCCCGUCAAGGUGGAGUCGGACUCUGACUCUGCGAAGAGUGUCGAUACUUCCUUCAAGAUCAAGCUUGAACCUACCGACUAA